CUGUGCACACAAGGUUAGUGUUGUGUAACUAAAAAGAAGUGUGAAGAAUCAUUCCAGAGAGAAUUUGCGAGGAGCAUAGAUGGAGAAAGGUCAACCCCAUUCCCAUCCCCAUCGAAGAAGGUAGAGCAAGAACAAUAAGCACCCACUCCUCUUCUUCUUCUUCUUCUUCUUCUUCUUCUUCUUCAUCAUCAUCGCCUUUCCUUUCGAACAAAUUCCAAACCAAUCCCAUGAGAAAUGCGACGAAUUCAAACCCUAACCCUAUUAACAACCAUGAUUACUCUAAGAGGAACACACAACAACUACAAGAAGAGGGAGAAGAAGAUCUCCUUCUAUCCCCAACAUCUAUAGUUGGAACUUGCCCUUUUAUGUGCCCUGUUGAGGAAAGGGUACAACGUGAGCGUUUACGGGAUUUAUCUGUCUUUGAGAGACUAAAUGGAAGUUCUGUGAAAACAUCUCCUAGUCUUGCUGUGAAAAAGUUUUGCAGAACUAUAUCCACAAAAAAUGUGCAAGCUUCAGAUGUGCGGCCUCUCCCGGUUCUGGAAGAUACUUUAAACUAUCUCUUAAACUUGUUGGAUACUAAGGAACAUCCCUUUGAAGUGGUACAUGACUUCAUCUUUGAUCGGACAAGGUCCAUAAGGCAAGAUCUUAGUAUGCAAAAUAUUAUCAACAAUCGAGUAAUCCAGAUGUUCGAGAAAAUGGUUAAAUUUCAUGUCAUAUCGCACCACAAGCUUCGAAGAUGUAGUGACAGUCCAAAUAUUUCUUCAAAGUAUUAUCUCAACAUGGAACAGCUUACGAAGGCUCUGACUUCUCUAUAUCAUCUUUAUGAAGCAAAUCAAAAUAUCCACUCCAUUUAUGAGAAUGAAGCUGAAUUCCGUUCACUUUACGUGCUUCUUCAUCUUGGUUGUGACAACAAGCCAAUGGGGGAGUCACUAUCAUUCUGGUUUUGCCAUGUUGCUUCUCCCAUUAUAAAAUCAAAGGAAAUGUGUUUCGCCCGAAUAGUUUUAAGAUACUAUCGUUUUGGCAAUUACAAGCGCUUCAUCUGUACUACAGCAGCUGAAGCAUCCUAUUUGCAAUAUUGCAUAAUUGAACCUUACAUUAACAAGAUUCGAGUAUUGGCGGUGUCCUGUGUGAAUUUUGGAGGUUACAAGCUCCAUCCAUAUCCACUGGCAGACCUAUCCAAACUAUUGAUGAUGAAGGAAUCAGAUGUGGAAUCCUUCUGCCAUGAUUGUGGUCUUGAGACCUCCACAGAUGAAGUAGGGAAUAAGUUUUUACCUACCAAGCAAACAAGUUUUUGCCAUCCAAAGGGAGGUUUUCAAAAUUAUUGCCUAGUAGGUUCAGCAUUAUUCUAGAGGUGUUGACAGUGUGUCUUCGCUAAGAUGAAGGCCAUGGAAGAUUUUGGGAGCUAAGACUCAUUGUUUGUUAUUUUUGUAAAGCCUAGUGCUUAACUUGUAUUUGGGUGGAAACCCUUUUAUUAAUUGUAACAAGGCUAGGCCCUUGAAUUGUAUAAGCCCCUUGAAAUGUAUAAGCCUUUAGGGCAUUUAUCUUGGUUAUUGUUCAAUUUUAUAGGUUUUUAGGGUUAUGAUUGUACCAAUGUAUGUAAUUAACUUUUGAAAUCUCAAGGCAAUGUUUGGAGAAAUAUAUAUAUAUA